AUGCCCACCACAUCCGCGCCAUCUCCGCUGUUGCCGACCCUGCGACCCGCUUCUGGCACCAUGGCGGCCCCACAGCUCGCGAUGGAGGCAGGUGCGGAGGCGGCCUCCGCUUCCAGCAAUGAGGAGACGGGCAUACAGACGAACACGUACGACGAAGAUUGGCACCGACUACCGAGUGAAAUUAGCUACUUCCAAGACCUUCUAGCCUCCCUAGAGGAGAAGCAGCAGCUGGCCUCUGCCGCCUCCUCCCCGAACGCUGCCGCCACUAGCGGGCUUUCCUAUAGCACUUCCUUGCAACGAGAGAGGGAGCUGGAGGAACGCGAGAUGGCAGAUCUGUGUGUUCGCGAACGACAGGUCACCAUCAUCGAGGCCCGGCGCCGUCGAUCGCGGCGUAGAUGCGACGCCGUCGAUGAGGCUUUUCAGAAUGCACUGAAGCGGCGAUGGCAGGCGAUGCAGCACCUCGCCGCCGAUCCGCCCGCCGAGCGUCUGGUGGGGCAAGGUAUGACGCAGUACGUUCCGGCGGCGCUGCUGCCGGAUGACGUGGUGGACAGGCGCGGACGCCGCCAACCGGGCCCGCUGCCCCUCGCGCCGCAGUCGGCGGUAGAGGCGCGGAUACACCGCACGCCCAAUGCACCGGCGAUCACAGGUGCAGGUCCUACUUUGUCCACGGCGGUGAGGGCCCUCAAGGAUUGUUCGUCUGGCACGACUGCAGAGCAGGACGCCAUCGUCUUCUUGACCCAGCUCGACGCUGGUGGAAGGGUUGUGCGCAAGGACGGGGCAACGGGCGGCAGUCACAGCCCGACCCAGUCUCCUUCCGUGCCAUCACGGGUGGUGGCGACGGCCAGCAGCGAAGGGGUGAGGGUGGAAGAAGAGGCACUACCGCCAGCAACGUCAGCCCCCGCCGCCUCGGCGGUUAGUGCUGAGGCGUUGACGAGCGCAGACGUGCGUGAGGACGACAGCGAAGACGAAGGGGGUUGGAUUCGGCCUGCGACGGUUACCGAGGCGAACAAGGCACGCUGGCAGGAAAUGGGCUAUCACGUGAUCGUGGUCGGCGGGAAGGGGCGCAGCGGCGCCGCCGCUGCGCGUGAGGCUGACGCUGUGCGUCGCGCGAUUCGCUCUGUCGGGGCCAUAUCGACCGAGGGGGUGGCGCAGCGGGUUGCUGAGCAACGUACUGCAACCUCGUCAUCCCUCAUGCGCCGCAAGCCCCCGAAAGACCAGCAGGCAAAGUGCAAGAGCGUCCCAGAGUGGGAUUGGAUGCAGCUUGCGCCGCUGCCUCAGGUGUGCCUUGUGCAACGGCGUCUUCCGGAAGAAGAUAUGACUGUGGCGGAGCUGCGGGAGCGGUAUCAUCGGCACAUCCCCGUCACAUCCUCGACCACUUCUGUGCCGCGUGGGCGGCAGAACCGUGGUGAUCGCCCGUGGAGGGUGAGUGAUAAGUCUGUGCCUCACUAG